AUUGUCAUUGACCUAGCAAUUAAUUUCCUUAUCGCCGAGAUAAGAUCACGAUUUGGUAAGGUACAAGGCUGAAACUAAAAGUAAGAUACAGGACAACAAAAACAAUGAAGACUGUAUUGUCAAUUUUUAUUAUAUUAGGAUUGAAUGGCGUAUCGUUGGCGAUACCUGCAUUAGGACACGGUGCUCUGGCAGGCUAUUGCGACACCAGUGACCAAUGUGACGUAGGCGAAUGUUGCAGGAGUUUCAAUCAACCAAGGGGAAAGAGGGUAGUUCUUGAUCAUAUAGACUACAACCUGAUGCGAUAUGCCCACGGUAGUUGCCAGAAAAUGGGAACACAAGGAGAACGAUGCAUCGUUGACGAGUUGAAAACUGGAACUGUUGGCUUACACUAUGACUGCCCAUGUGCAAGUGGCUUCGUAUGUAACGGGACUGGAACAACUGUCAUCAACAAGGGAGAAUCGGGCGUCUGUGUGUCUGCAAAGAUAGCAAAAGCAACUCUGAAUCAGCCAUGUUCUUCCGGUGCCGACUGCGCAGACUCAGAAUGCUGUGUCAGUAACGUUCGACCAAUCGGAAAACGUUCGUUACAUGGACAUUGCUCCAGCAUGGGAACUGUUGGUUCUGGAUGUCUUGUGAAAAUGGGAUCUGGAAAACCAAGUGACACUGUAUUCUCUUGCCCGUGCUUAUCUGGACUGACAUGCCAUGGUAUUGGAAUGUACGAAGUACCCCUCGGUGAAAUCGGAAAAUGUGUGAUUUAAUCUCUAGAAUAUCAGCUUUACUUUAGAUAAUGAGUUGACAGAAACAAAUAAACUUUGCUUAUAAAUACCAUUGAAUAUUAAAAAAGAUACACAAACUUUAA